UUUUUUGGUGAGUUUGUUGUAACUUGCUGAUAGUAUUUUAAGUUUCUGAUUGAACCCUGAUUCUAAUUCUGGUGUUGAAAUGAAUUCCGUAGAAAAAUACCAAAUCCAUCAUCAUGAACACCAACAGUAAAUUACUCUAAUUAAUCUCAACCUGAAUUAAUCACUUACCUCUCUCAUCUUAAUCCUAAUCCAUUGUUGAUAUUUUUGUUUCUCACUUGAUUUCCUAAUCCCUUUUUUUUUACAAUCAACAAUUGUGUUCCAACAAUUAAAUGGACUUAACAAAAAUAAUUCUGAUAACAAUGAACUCUAAUAAUUGUCUCUCUUGGAUUAGCUGAUGUUAAUUGUGCUUCUUAAUUAAUCUUGGACAUUUGCUCAGCAUCCUCAUCAAGUGAUCAACUAAUUCUAAACAAUUAAUAUUCAACAUUGUCCAACAAUCAACAAUAUCAACGAAAAUUGUUAAUCACCUUACCCAAAGUUGCUGUUAAUUAAAUUGUUAAUUCGUGAUAAUAUUUAAUCAUAGAUUGGAGAGAUAAACAAACAAUUGUCAACACCCGAUUUGUGAACGUUAAUCAAUCAAUCGAAAUCAACACAAUCAACAAAUAAUUUAAAACUUUUCUUUCUUACAAUUAAUUGUUAAUCAGAUAAUUAAGGUGUAAUUAGAUUAUUAAUUGUUACCUUAACGUUGUUGAUCAUUGAUCAAGUUUCAUUUCCCUCAAUUAUUGGCCUUUAAUUCAAUUUCUUUGGUGGAUUUUUCAUUCAAUUCUCUUGAUUAAUUCUGGUGGAUUAACUCAUUUGGAUUCAAUUGAGUUUGAUUAACAAUAACAAUAACUAUUAUGAGGAGAUCACAAAUGAUCAUUACCAAAACCAUUGGAUUAACUAUUGUUAUUAAUCAAUCAACUACUCUAAUCCAACAACAACAACAAGGCGAUUCUAUAAGAUCAACAAGUCCUUGAUUAACAUUUUUCGCAAAUCACAAUCAAUCUUGAUAGAUUCAAGCGUGACACCUACAAGUUUCAUCCACAAUUAACAGUCAACAAUCAACUGAUCAUAUUCGCAAUCAUAAUCUAAUCGAAAAUUAAGUUUUACCUUCGUUUUCUUCAUCUUUCUAUCUCUCUCCUUAAUCUUGUCCCUCUAUCGACUUUUCAUCUCAUCGAAAAACGGAUAACGUUCAAUCUGACGAUUUAUCCUCAUAAUCUCAUAUAAUAUAAUCACAACAAUUAAUCAUCAAUAAUUAACCUUAACUUUGACCUAAAUUCAUUGAUCGAAUCCGCAGAAGACAAAAAAAAGUUAUCACUUCUAUUUAGAAAUCAUAAUUAACCAGUUUGAUUGUUGUGAAUACUUUUUUCUGUUGUUUCUGUUGUUUAAUUGCUUACAAUUAAUUUUGAUUAGAGCUGAAAAAAAAACUUCUCUUCAAUUUAUAUUAAUUCACAGUUAAAUCAUCAUCAUCAUAAAUCAUCAUCAAAGUUGAUCAACGAAAAUUAUCAACAAUCAAAACCGCCGAGAACCUUUUUUUUGUGAUUCACCGUAAACUUAAGGCACGACGACGAUACCCAAAAGUCCAACGGUUCACCCGUUACCAGGUCAUCACAAGUGACCCCGUGUGACGUAACGGGAAAGUGUGAACCCAUAGGAAAUCGUUACCGUGAUUGUUGUAACGGUUUAAAUAACCAAUCAGCUGAUCCUGAUAAUCAACCAUCUAAACAGGUAACCAACAUUCAGCAUCACGGAUUAUCAUCAGGAUCAUCAACAAUCAAACCGAUUGAUUUGAGUGGUAAAAAGUUAUCACCACCGUCAACAAAUAACAUCAUGUGUCCACCUCAAGUGACCACCGUUGAUGAAAACAAUCAUGUGGCCGUUGUCUGGCGAAACCUUACCGUUUAUAAACCAAUGGAUCUACUUGACGGUUUCCUGGUUAAAUCCAUGUCCCAUAAAUGUCGUAAGGCCAUUUUACGAAACAUUUCAGGUGUCUUUCGAUUCCAUGAUCUAUCCGCUAUCAUGGGACCUUCAGGUGCUGGUAAAACAACAUUGUUACAAUGCUUAUUUGGUACAUGGUCAGGUCGUUAUAAGGGUAAAAUCUAUCGUAAUCCAUUAGCAAAUAAGGCCUCAUUUAUAACCCAAAAAGAGGAAGAUCACUUGUUCCCUUGUUUAUCGGUUAUUGAAUCCAUUUUUUAUGCUUCCCGUUUAAAGGGUGCUCAAAAUGAGUCCAAGGUUGUUGAAGAGCUUAUUGAUCAACUUGACCUUCGUAAUUGUCGCCAUACUUUGGUACACUCAUGUUCGGGUGGUCAACGUAAACGUUUGGUUAUCGCUCAAGAAUUGGCCUCAGAGGUUAAACCUAAAAUUUUAUUCAUCGAUGAGCCAACAUCAGGUUUAGAUUCAAACGUUUCUUUUACCGUAUUAACUCAAUUGCAAAAACUUUGCAUGGCCCAUGGAAUGGCCAUAAUUGCGACAAUUCAUCAACCCUCAUACAAGAUUCUUAAACUGUUUGAUCAACUUUACGUUCUUUCACGAGCAGGUAAAUGUCUUUACCAAGGUAGACCGGAAGUACUUCGCUCAUAUUUAUCUCAAUUCCAGGUUAAUUGUCCAAAUGGACAUAAUCCAGCGGAUGUUAUCAUUGAUGCCGCUGCGAUAAAUACAGUUUGCCUUUUGGACGAAGAAGAACCAACCGAUUGCUUUAGUCGAAGCCAUCGAUCAUCUCGAUCAUCAUCUAAAUCCUCAUCAGCAGUCGCCAAGUCACAAGUCAAUAAAACGACAACCAAUUUAUCAUCAAAUUCCUGUCACCUUUACCCUUUCACCUCACAUUUUACAACAACAACAAAUAAUUGUCUCAAUAACUGUAAUCACACCAACAAUCAUAAUAAUUGUCUUCAUCUUUCACCACCACCAACAUCCUUCUCAUCUCAUCCAAUUUCAUACUCAUCCUCAUCACCACCAAAUGGACCUGCAAGUCAACAACAACAACGUAAAAAUCACCAACAACAACAACCCAAAGAGUCAACGACAAUUUCAAUAGUAACACCAUUAGAUGAGAAAGAAUUAUUAAAAGUUCGAUUAUUAGAAGAAUCUUCUGCCAAGUUGAUUGAAUUCGAAAUGGAUUCAAUUGAUACCAGUUCAAUGUCUGAAGUUGAAGAAAUGAGAGAAAAUCGGAAUCACCUUAGCCUUCGCCAUAUGAUGUAUCUACUUCGACGUUCAUUUCUCCAUGGUACUUGUCGUGAACCUUUAUGGUUAUUUAUUCGUGUUGGUUUACAUGUAUUCGUUGCCCUUUUACUUUCAAUGCUUUACGAUGGUAAUAUUGGUGUAGAUGAUGGUUGCCUAAGGUAA